AUGAUGUCAAAUAUGAUGGGCAAUUAAUAAUAGCCCAAUAUUUAAAAAAAUUCUUAAGAGUUUGAGGAUUUAGAGCCUUAUAUAGAUAAAUCUAAAAUAUAAUGCUUAAACUAAGAUGAUAAAUUCCCAUUAGACAGUGCUUUAUUUGAUAAGAGUUCAAAUAUUUAUUUGAAAAGCGAAUGCGAUUAAUAAUUAGUUAUAUAAUUAGGAUUUAAUGCGCCUGUAAAAAUACAUCACAUGAAUUUCAGAGUACCCAACAUAGAUGAUUCAGCACCUGAACACAUAAGAUUAUUUGUAAAUUAAUAAAAUUUAGACUUUGAUAGUUGUGAAAAUUUUGUUUGUGCAUAAGAAUUUGAUCUUACUAAUGAAGAUUUCAAAUCAUCAACAUUGUUAAGAUAUGUUAAAUUUUAAUCUGUUAAUCAUCUUACAGUAAAAAAUAAAGCAUUUGUAAAUAUUUUGUAUAUAAUAAUAAAUAGAUUUUUGUUUAAAGUAAUAGAGGAGCUGAAUAAACUAAAAUUUCUUAAAUUAGAUUGUUUGGAUAAACUAUACACGAAACAAAUAUGAAUAACCUUAAAAAAAGCGGGUGAUGCAAUUGAAGCAACUGAAAACCCCCUUUAUUUACUUAGAAUUCUAUAAUGAAAGUAAUACUAUAAAUCUUAAACGAAUUGUAUUACUUGAAAAAUAAUUAAUGGAAUUCGCAAUUUUUUUUGUUUUCCCUUUUUUUAAUUUAUAAAAA